AUGCCUGCCACCCUGGCGGUCGAGAGCUCGUGGCGGAUGGUGGACGGCGAGCACGACAGCUUCGACACGUCGGUCGUGCCCCUCGAGGACGACCUGUUUCUUUCGAGCGGCCAGCCGUCGCAGGAGUCGCAGGAGUCACAGGAGUCGCAGGACGACGACAUCCAGACGUUUCUGCGCCGCGCUGAGGAUGACGACGACGACCCGCGCGUGCUGCUGCGGUCGCCCUUCCAACCGUCGCUGCCGUCGUCGGCUUAUCGCACGCCUGAGCCGGAGUUCCACAUGCCCAGUGUGGAUGUGGGCGUCAAUCACAGGGGCAGUCCUGCACAGAGAGACAGGCCGUCUAGCCACUGCAGCAAUCAGACCGUUUUAACCGCAGCUACAGCAACUAACGCCACUACUAAAACUACUACAAUUACCACAGCUAAAACUACAACUACAACCUCGUCACCCAAAACCACUCUUCGCCUCCCGUCUGUCGCCCUCUUCGUCGCCGUCCUCGUCGGCUGCGGCACCCUCUUUGGGCCCGGGGGGCCAGCCAACAGCACGGCGCGGUCAAUCUACGCAGAGGCCGUGGUGCCCACGUGCAGCAUCCCGGCCGUAGCCUGGCUCAACCUGGACGUCUGUGCCCCGGCAAGAACUGUAGCUGAGUCAAGGGCGGGUCCGGCGCUGGUUGAGAACGCCAUCGACAACUCGACCACCCACGACGACGACAGAAGGACACAAGUGGCGGCCGUGGUGCGCGACCAUGUGGCGGCAAGCCAGGCAUCUGGCGGGACGACCGCCCAGGAGACGUGGCUGCUGGCGCGGGCACGCACCAAAGACCUGAGGUUGGCCCUGCAGGCGGCCCAAAGCCGGCGAUCGACGGCGGCGGUGAUGGCACCAUCAUCGGCCGUGCCACCGUCAACGUCGACGCCAUUACCCAGUCGUGAGGCGCUCCUGCUGCUGGAGCUGGACGAGUACCUGGAGGCAGCCAAGGGGGUAUCGUUGGCGCUGGCGCGCUUCCAGACCGGCGCGGGGGCGAUGGCAGCUGACACGUUGGCACACGCGACGCGGCGGACGCUGGUGCAGCUGCGACGGAUGGGACAGACGGGCAAGGUGGGAAGGAUAGAGGGAGAGGGCGAGAUGGAAGGAGAGGAGAGCUGGCUGCCACGGAUGUUGAGGCUUGGCUCUUCGGGCUCGUCCGCCAGGAAGAGGUCUGGCAGCAGCAGCAGCCGGCACGCCCUGGUCGAAGCGUACCGGCGACACGCAAACACGCUGGUGACGAAGACGGGCUGCCGGGUGAACGAGGCCGAGGCGGUACUGACAGCUCUCGAGGCAGCGGGCAUGCAUCUGGAGGCGGUGCAGGCAGUAGUGGCGGGUCGACUCGACGAGCUGACAGGGGUGUCUCGGGCGGAGGCAACCGGCCCAGACCGAGACCGAGACCGAGAAGCAGACACAGACGCAAACGUGCUCUGGCGGUUGCUGGGAGCCAUGCUUCGGAGUGCGGUCGGAUCGGCGACCGACAAGGCGUCCCGGGCUCUUCAGCAGUGGGAAGAACACGCGGCACAGCUGCAGACGGUGCGGGAGCGACACGACGCGACGGUGCGGCAGACGAGCAAGGUGCUAGACGAGCUGGCAAGCCUGCGAGGCACGCUGCAGCAGCUGCAGGGUCGGUUUGCGGGAGAGGACUCAAGGCCAGAUUUGGGGCACUUGGGACUGGACUUGCGGCUGCACAUGGACAUUAUCGAGGCGGGGAUCGAGGAUCUGGAGAUGGUGUACAGAGGGUGA